AUGUUUCACAUUCAGAAUUUCUCAAGUCGGAAAUGCCACCUCCUGGUGGUUUUGUGUGGAAACUAUGUUAACGUAGAAAGGGAGCCGAAGGCUGGUAGGCUUAGAUAUCCCUUUCCAAAACUGAUUUCGUCUGGGCGCCUAGAGGUCCAUAGACUUAUAAAUCCAACGCUGGACGAAUUCCACAAUACGUAUAAGUUAAUUUGCCCCAAUUUCUUGUACCUACAAGGGGCGCAACAGGAAGAUGAAGAGGAAAUCGGCUCUUUAAUCUGGGGGACCAUAAAUAUUGCUGACCCUGAGCUGCUGGGUUCUCUCAUUGGUCCUCCAUUACCAACAAUAGUUUAUUUGGAGGUUCCGAGAAGUGAAAACCUUGCGCGGACAUUGCAUGGGAAGGGAGUUCCAUAUGUAAUUUAUUGGAAUUCAACAUUUUCUUCCUAUGCAUCUUCCCACUUUCGGCAAGCACUGUUAGCUGUUAUUCAAAGUUCUUUGAGCCACAUAUGGGAUGCAUUCCAACUAGCAUUUGCAUCUUUCCGCCUAUAUUGUAUUAAGAAUAGUUACGUUCUCCCUGUUAACUACCAAACUGCUGGGGACAACAUUUGGCCUCUUUUGCUUGGAGAUGAACCAAAGAUAAACAUCACUCCUGAGGAACCUAAGGGUGAAGAAGGAACGGACCCAUGUGAUAUUGUUCCUCGUAUAAAAAUACAUCAUAAGGAUGUGGACAUGAGGCUUCUUAUUUGUGGCUUGCCUUGCUCUCUGGAUCCAUGUUUGCUGGGUUCAUUGGAGGAUGGGCUAAGCGCGCUCUUGAACAUUGAAAUUCGUGGAAGUAAUCUUCAAGAUACACUCAGCGAAGCUGAGACUGAUUCGAAUGGUACAAUGAUGGUCAAAUAUUAUUUCACCACCUGUAGUCAUGCUUAUUUUUCAGUUCUCGUGUCUGGCACUGCAGCUACAUGUUCUGAUAAUCAACUUCUUGAAUCCCUUAUCAAGAAAGAACUGGUUGAGAAUUGUCAUAGAUUCAUCAAGGCCUUACCAAAUAGUAAAGAGAAAUCCCGUGAACAUUGGAAUACUCUUUCUAUAGCAGCAGGGGCACCUGUCUUUGAAAUCUUUGUGAAAGUCCCUGCUUGGGCUUCUGAGAUUUUGAAAUAUUUGGCAAGGGAACUUUGUUAUCGGAGUCUCGUGGCCUUAGGAGUCGGAGCCAUUGCUGGUGUCCCUGUUACAUCAUUUGAUAAAGAAGAUGCUGAUCGCCUUCUUUUCUUUUGUAAAAGAGGAAAGAAAGUCCGGGAUAUCCAAGAUUCGAUAGUUUUUAGACCACCUAAAUGGCAUGCUCCACUUGUUAGUAUGAGGAAAGCCAAACCAGUGAAUAGCGCAUUAUUGAGGCCAGUUCCUCAUAUUAGGCCGUUACCAAAGAACCCUUUCUUAGAUGAUGGAGUUAAGCAUGUUGCAGACUUUAUACCUUCAGUAUCUGCAUUGGGAAAUACGGAACUGGCCCCUGCUCCUUCUAGACGAAGUGAAUUUACAUCGAGAUUCCUCAAAGCGCUGCAGUUUUCUAUGAGCCCCUUGCCCCUACAAAAACAUGGGUGCAAGAGAAGCCACAUUGGGCUAUGUUCUGAAGGGGAAUUUCUUCAAGAUCUUAAACAGUAUAUAAUUCAUCGGGGCCAGAGCUGGCUCGUUCCUAAGGGAGGAAUUUCAGAAUUCCCUGAUGCUGUACUUAACGGUUCACAACUGGACUUAUUCAAUCUCUAUAAAGAGGUUGUUUCCAGAGGAGGCUUCUCUCAAGCCAAAGGAAUCAAUUGGAGAGGCCAGAUUUUCAUUAAUAUGCGCAAUUAUACAGGGACCCAUAGACUGACUAGCGUUGGAACUAUAUUAAAAGACCAUUACAUGACGUACCUGUUGGAGUAUGAGUUAGCUCAUGAUGAUGUUGAAGCAGAGUGCUGCAUCUUGUGUGAAAGUGGUGAUCCAGGGAAUUGGGUAAAUUGUAGUGUAUGUAGUGAGUGGGCCCAUUAUGACUGCGAUCAGCGGCCAAAUAUUGCUUCUUUCAAGGAUUAUGCGAAGACUGGCGGGUUGGAAUACAUAUGCCCAAAUUGUACGUAAAGUCGAAAAAGAAACUCACCUGGAGCGAUGAAGGAUUUUUCCUGAAGAAUAUCUACUGUUGAAUGAAAUAAUGUAUUUUUAUUUUAUUUUAUUGAAACAUAAUGUAAGCCAGAAUGCUAUCUCAUCUAUAUAAUCUUCUUUGUGUAUA